AUGCAACUCCCUAUCAUCCUCCUCUUCCUGAGCACAAUCCUGUGUCUCGCCUUCGCCCACCCCAUCAUCGACCCCAACAAGAACAAUAACAAUAACAACAAUAACAACAAUAACAACAACAACAAUCUCGCACAAAAACCCCGUAUCAACCACAAUCGCAACCACCUCGAGCACCCCAUCCAACCAAAGAGACAAUUCCCCCCGCUACCCUUCCCCAUCCCGCCCCCUCCUCCGCCUCCGCUAUUCCCGCCGCCUCCGCCGCUAUUCCCACAUCCGCUUCCGCCGCCGCCGCCCCUCUUCCCGCCGCCUCCGCCUCCACCUCCACCCCCUCCUCCUCCUUCUUUCCCGCCGCCGCCUCCACCCCCUCCGCCGCCGCCUCCGCCUCCGCCUCCUCCUCCUCUGUUCCCGCCGCCCCCGCCGCCCCCUCCUCCGCCUCCUCCUCCUCCUCUGUUCCCGCCGCCCCUCCGCCCCUCCUCCGCCGCCGCCGCUUCCCCCACUGCCUCCACUACCUCCGCUACCUCCUCCACCACCACCUCCUCCACCCCCAUUCUUCCCCCCGAAACCCCAAUCUAG